GGGGGCUCCGCAGAAGGGCCCGACGCUCCCGGGCAGGCGGAGCGAUACUCCUCACCUGGCCCAGCACGUGUCUACAUCGUUUGGUUCUCACAGCCAAUCCUAGCCUGAAGAGCUGUGCCCGCCCUUACGCAGCGCGCACCAAUCGGAAGCCACGCUAUGGGACCGCUGGCCUGGCCUUAUGAAUAAUGAAUGAGACGGAACCAGUCCGCGGGAGGGGUGCGGAUGGAGAGAGGUGGGGGUGCAGUAGCGCGUCUGCGCAGUGCUGCCCGUGUCAGCAGCUGCGGCGGGUCGAGCCGCUCCGGCCCGUCUCGGGGUGCGGGCGGGGGAGGCGAGGCGCACGAGUGGGGCGCAGGGCACGAUGUCCGACGCGGGCGGCGGGAAGAAGCCGCCUGUGGAGCCUCAGGCGGGGCCGGGCCCGGGGCGUGCAGCUGGAGAACGGGGCCUGUCGGGCUCCUUCCCUCUGGUCCUGAAGAAGCUGAUGGAGAACCCCCCGCGCGAGACGCGCCUCGAUAAGGAAAAGGGGAAGGAAAAGCUGGAGGAAGACGAGUCAGCAGCAGCCAGUACCAUGGCCGUCUCUGCCUCCCUCAUGCCACCCAUCUGGGACAAGACCAUCCCCUACGAUGGCGAGUCCUUCCACCUCGAGUACAUGGACCUGGAUGAGUUCCUGCUGGAGAACGGCAUCCCUGCCAGCCCCACCCACCUGGCACAGAACCUGCUGCUGCCUGUGGCAGAGCUUGAAGGAAAGGAGUCUGCCAGCUCUUCCACGGCAUCGCCACCAUCUUCCUCUACUGCCAUCUUUCAGCCCUCGGAAACCGUGUCCAGCACAGGUUGGUGACACGACUCUGGGAAGGCCCACCUGUCUCAGCUAAGGUGCCCACUUCCACCUGAGUCCCACUGUCCACUCUCUUGUGUGCCCCUUUUCUGAAGCAGGCCUGGUGGGCUGCAGACUAGAGGAACCCUUGAGUACUGUCUGUAAGGCUGGGAUAAAACAGUCACCAUGGCAGCAGUCUUCCUUUGCUGGGGCACUGCUGAGGAUGCGGAGUGAGUGCCCAGGCGUAGCUCUGCUGGAGGAGUCCUAUUUUCAUUUGAUGCUGUAUUUUGGCCACAGAUUCUUGGGAGGUUUAGGCAACACUACUAAACAGCACUGUUACUGUCAUCCUGACUGUACGCUAACACUUACUUAGGACUAAGUCUAUUUCCAGCUUUAACAAAAAGCCAUCAAUACAAUCUUACAAGAUUAGAUGAGGACACUGAGGCACAGAGAAGGAAGAAACUCGCCCAAGUCACCCAGCUGAAAGGUAUUGAUGUAGCAUUUGAACCCAAGACACUCAUCUGCACAGGCAGGUACUGCUCAGGCACUAGCACAAAUGAUAUUCCCACUGCUUUAAAACAAAACAAAAACAAAAUCCUUCAGGAUCUAAAGACUGUUUUGGCUUGGAGGUUGUUUUUUGUUUGUUUGGUUGGUUGGUUGGUUGGCUUUGGUUUUGGUUGAUUUGCUUUCAUAUCUGAACAUAAACCCACUGGGGAAGGUUUGUCUCCCUGUCCAGAAGCCAUGCAGAGUUUCUGUAGUCUUCGAGACACGAUGGCAGGUACCUUCCGGGACCCACACCACAAAGCUCUCAUGCCAGCCAUAUGGAACAGGAGGACCCAGGAGCCAGAGUCAGCCAGGCCAAGACCACGUUUUCGUUCAGUUAUUUUCCUGUGGGAUUCUGGAAAGCCAAUUGCAUUUCUCUGACCCUUGAAUCGUCCUUGGAAAAGGAGAGGGAGACCCCAAGUCCCAUCGACCCCAGCUGUGUGGAGGUCGAUGUGAACUUCAACCCUGACCCUGCCGACCUGGUCCUCUCUAGUGUACCAGGGGGGGAGCUCUUCAACCCUCGGAAGCACAGGUUUGCAGAGGAGGACCUGAAGCCCCAGCCCAUGAUCAAAAAAGCCAAGAAAGUCUUUGUCCCUGAUGAACAGAAGGAUGAAAAGUAUUGGACAAGACGUAAGAAGAACAAUGUGGCAGCUAAACGCUCCCGGGAUGCCAGGCGCCUGAAGGAGAACCAGAUCACCAUCCGGGCAGCGUUCCUGGAGAAGGAGAACACAGCCCUGCGGACGGAGGUUGCCGAGCUUCGCAAGGAGGUGGGCAAGUGCAAGACCAUCGUGUCCAAGUACGAGACCAAGUACGGGCCCUUGUAACCUGUGCCCCUGCCCCGCAGGGCACUGCCUGCACCUCAGACCUCUGCCUGGGGCUUCCUGGACCCCACUCGUGUGGAGACUUAGGACUCUUCAUGGGCACAUGGUGGCGUACCUGCUCUAGGAGCACUCACGUCUCAGCUUCAUUAUAACAUGGCCAGCACAUGUGAUGACUUCCCCAGGGGACCAAGAUCCUCUCCGAUGGGGAACAUGAGCGAAUCUACGUAGACGGGUAAAUGGCCCAAGUCUCUUUUGUUGGAUGCUCCAGCUGAAUCAGAAGGGGCCUUCUGGAGUCCAGGUUCUCUUGUACAGAGUGCUCAGGCUUUCCUAGCCUUCCCCUCAGUCUCCAGUUUGGACUGACAAGGGCUGUCUACAGAAUGAGUCAUGAUUAUUGUCACCCUAAUGUCGUCUCAGGUAGCAGGUGCAUUUCCACUUGGGGUGUGUCUGUCAUGUACCUCACCCUCCCCAAAAUCUUUGAGAGAAACAUUCAUUCCCAUCUGUCUCAGAGCCAGGACAUGCUAAUCCUGUUAGUAUAGACAGGGUGGUGGACCACACAAGUGGGGUCUCUGGAUAGCCUGGAAUUAGGGUGGGGCUGGGGCUUGUGGUAGAAAUGCACCCAACCAUUCUUAGCUCCAACUUUUGUCUUGUGACUCUCAGGCCUGAAGUGGCCCUGGAAUCAGUUUCCUCUGCAUCCCACUUGCUAUGGAAGAGAAAUUUCCAGGAAGUCUGGUCUCUGGGGUCUAAUUGCCAGCGCCUUUGUAUCUCUGGGCCAUUCUGAAGGCUCAUGACUUCCACUAGCUUGGUCUCUGAUUAUUUUCACCCAGUAUCCCUUCUCAGUUCUUAGGUUUAAGAAGAAAACCUAUCACCUAGGAAGCUUGAGCUUCCAGGCCCCAGGGUACCACUUCUGCAUGGUGUUUAGGAAACUGGCUUCCACAGUCUCCUGUUGUGGGCACCAGACCGAGGGGUUUUCUCUUGGGAAGCUCCAUGGAACCCUUGCUCUGGCUCACCAAUAUACCCAGGCCAGAAUCUAGUGUCCCUGAAGGCAGAAGAGGGCCUGCCACGUCACAGAUUAGAAUCCCUCCCCAUGGGUAUCAGCAGGCCGCCGUAUAUGAGUUGUAUUUGCUGAAGUUACUUACAGUGCAGCUCUCAUGGGACAGCAGGCUCUGGAGACAUUUACACUGGCCUGCAGUCCCUGUGGAGUCGGAGGGUGCCCACACAGCUCUCCCCGUGGGGCAGAGUGAUUUCUUGCAGUUUUGGCUCCCUCACAGCUGCACUUUUCUCUUCUAUUUGGCUGGAUUGGACAUCAUGGAACCCUCUACUCAUGUGGGUCAUGAGGGCACCCUCCAGGAGGGUGUGUUUGUUUGCUCAGGGCGGGCAGCCUGUGUGAAGGAGACAGAGGUGAUGAGGGUGCUUCAUUAUACUUAACACUGGCUUUAUUUUAAAUGGUGGCUUAGUUUGGGGCCCCUAUCUUUUAAGACUUUUCAUAAUGAUGUUAAGACCAGGGCAGACUGUCUACUGGCCAUGGACUGCAGCCAGGAGAUGCCCUGCCCCUCCUGGGACCUGCACACCACCUCUCUGGGGAACUUGACAAAGGUCCCUAAGGCUAAGGGAGGUCUCCCUCCUACUAGGUCCCUGACUUUGACUCUGUGGUUCUCUAGGAACCGUGUGCACACUUGUCUCUGUUGUAACUACAAAGGGCAGUAGCAUCCAGCAUGUCAGUGUCUGCCCGGGCUGCCUGCCUCCUACCCACCCAGCACUAUUCUCUGGGCUGGCUGUUCACCCAGAGGCAGUUCUCAUUUUGUUUCUGGUGGACAAGCCUUGAGCUGAAAAUCUCUUCGUUUUCUUUGACUAGAAAAUGUAAGGUUUCUGUUUUUUAAGUUUUAGUUUUAAGGAAUGGAUACUUAUCUCUGGAUGCCAUCUGUGUUCUGACCCUAGUGGGUGGGUGGGCCUUACCGUCUCCCCUUAGUCCCCGUUCUGCCUUGUGGUGCCCUCCUUUCCUUCCAGAAGUAGGGAGUGGGUUCUGGCUCCUCCUAAGUGCUUACAGAGUCACUGUCUGCUUGUUUCUUGGAGAAGCCUCUGGAAUGAAAAGCGGCAGGGAAACAAACCGGAAGGAGCACGCCUAGAGGUUGACAUCUUGGAGAACAAAGUGUUCACAUAAGCUUGGCUCCUCUGUUGGCUUUAGGACCCAAGGCUGCACAGAAAGAGUUGAGCUCUGCUCUUUAUCUUGCUGUGGAAGUCUCCUGACUCCCUCUAGGAGCUGACAGCUGAAGCCUGAAGCUCUUGCACUUGGAUCCUUGAAUUCUAAGGAGUAACCAGGCUCCAGAAGCCAACUUCUAUUUGGCUUUCCGUGGGUUUGUCUUAGGAUGAGAAGUGUCAUCACUUCCUAAACAUCCUGUUCUCAGCUAUGGCAGCCUCAGAAAAGACACCUGAAUGAGUUAGAACCCUGCAGGAAUGUACAUUCAAGAGAUGUCUUGAUAAAGAACUACGUGCUUUUGGAAAGAGCCACCCUUUGGAGGACCUGUUAGUCACCUUUAUCUUCAGCCCAAAGGCUAAGUUAUGUGGGUCUGACUCCUUUGGUUAGGGACAGCACUAGACAGUGACCCUAACCCUUGGUCCAUACUCCCUGCUGUGAUGGUGCUGUGGUCUGCUUUCCACUCAGGCAGCUCCUACAGUCCUCCAGCCUGGGGACAGAUGGGAAGCUUUCCAGGGGCCCCCCGAGAGGUGUGCUCCCUGUAAGAGGGGCCUGUAAGAGGAGCUCUUGGUUUCCAGGGCAAAGCCCUACCCACAGCUUCUUUAACAUCUGUUAAUUAAGUGCAAUAAAAUUUUCUAGAAAAAGGCAAAGAUGAUUUCCAGGUAGAGAUUGCUGUCUUUUGGUGUUGGAUGCCAGAACACCACUUGGUUUUAUUUUUCUAAGUGCAUGUGAUUGGUAGAGUGUGUGGGCUCUGCAUCCUCCCUGGGAGCUGCAUUCCAGCAGCCCCUCUCCCUACCUUUGCCGUGGGAAAGAGGCCAGGAGAAAAGCCCUUUGUCCCAGCUGCAGAGGUGGAAGCAGACAGCAGCCCUUUGGCCUUACAUGUGUGUGUGUGCCUGUGCGAGUGUGUCCCUGCUGGUGGGCCGGAGUGAUGUGUUAUGGAGGGAAGUUGGGAAUGUAUCCUUUUCAAACAAAAUUAAAUAUUUUGAGACGAGAA